CUUCAUUUCGAGAUAGUAGCCUGCUGCUUGCUUGCUCGCUCGCAUCUUUCAAGCCUGCUUGCGCAUUCCACUCUUUCCUCAUCUCGUGCUUCGCUAUCAUAUUUAUCCGCUUGACCGUACACACAACGCAACAAAGAAAGAAACAAACAUGGGUUCCAACCUACCAUAUGCUGCGGACGCAGAGAGCCCGCUCAAACCCGCCGAACUACAGGUCCUGCGCGCGCAGUACGAGAAAGAAGGCGACUACGUCGGCAUCCAGACUAAAUUCAACUUCGCCUGGGGCCUAAUCAAAUCCUCCUCCCGCACCGACCAACAAGAAGGCGUGCGCCUCCUAUCGGAAAUCUUCCGGGCCGCGCCCGAGCGCCGCCGGGAAUGCCUGUAUUACCUGGCGCUGGGCAACUACAAGCUCGGCAACUACGGCGAGGCGCGCCGGUACAACGACCUGCUGCUCGAGAAGGAGCCGGCCAACCUGCAGGCGGCCAGUCUGGGGACCCUGAUUGAGGAGAAGGUCUCCAAGGAGGGGUUGCUGGGGAUUGCGAUUGUGGGUGGGUUGGCGUUGGCUGCUGGUGUGGUUGGGGGGAUUGUCUUGCGGGGGUCGAAGAGGCGGUAGGGGGGUUUUUUUGGAUUUUGGAC